AUGGACGGGGACGAUCUCAUUGCCUCGGUCUACCGCAAGAUCGAGCGGGAGAAGGCUCUCAUCACGGCCGCGUCGAACAUGCGGCAGUCGACCGACAACCCGCUCGUACAACAGAGAGUCGAUGCGAACAUCCGCGAUGGCCGCAAGAACAUCGCCUACCUGGAGGAGAAGAUGCGGGAGCUGCAGCUGCGACAGAUGAAGCACGACGGGGCCUCUCCGACAGACAAGCGUCUACCUCCUGCGCCGGACGCGUCUGGCCCGGCUCCGCCCCCGAAAGACUACGCGCCCGGUUACAACGAUCAGGCCGAGUAUGGCGAGGGUUCGGGGGCGUAUCCACAAGGAGGUGCAGGCUCUAUGCCGUCCGGAGCGCCCUUUGCGGAUCCUCGUCCUUUCGCUCCGAUCCCGAAGGCUCGGCCGAACUACACAAAGCUUGAUCUUAUCAAGUACGACACGCCUUAUCUCGGACCUAAGAUUCAGCUCAUGCUGUCCCAGCUGGAAUUCAAAUUGAGUGUCGAGAAACAAUACAAGGCCGGUAUCGAGAAGAUGGUUCGCCUGUAUCAAGACGAGGGUGAUCGAAAGAGUCGGAUGGAUGCGGAGGGACGGCGAAUCGAGAGUAACCAAAAGAUUCAGUUGCUGAAGCAGGCCCUCAAGCGAUAUGAGGAUCUGCAUGUCGAUAUCGAGUCCACUGACACACCCGAUGAUGACAGUCUGAGCGCACCAAACAUGCGCAAGCCACUAACCGGUCUCUUGACCCUACGCAUUCAUGCCGUUAGGGAUGUAGACCAUGCUGCGAGCUCGCGGUUCUCCAGAGGUCCCGAGACAUUUAUUGUGGUGAAAGUCGAAGAUGCAAUCAAAGCCAGAACGAAAGCUACUAGAACCGACAAGUGGCAGGACGAGGGUUUCAACAUCGAUAUUGACAAAGCGAACGAGAUCGAGCUUACCGUAUACGACAAGUCGGGGGAUCGGCCCACACCUAUCGGUAUGCUCUGGGUGCGCAUAUCUGAUAUCGCCGAAGAAAUGCGUCGCAAGAAAAUCGAGACAGAGUUCAAUGCAUCGGGAUGGGUUUCUGCGGACAAGAUGGACCAUGGAGGCGCUCAUCACGGUCGACAAGACACUCCAGGAUCGAUGGGUUCUGGUAACCGGCCAAGUUCCGGCGGCCACCCAGGCGGCCCAAGCCAAGGAUAUGGAGGUGGCGCUCAAGGUGGCCCAUCAGCUGGUCCAGUCAUAAUUGACACUUGGUUCGCGCUGGAGCCAGUUGGUCGUAUUCACCUGAGUCUAAGCUUUGCCAAGCAAUUGAAGGACCGACGACCAUUCGAUAUUGGUCUCAAUCGUCAGGGCGCCGUUCGACAGAAGAAAGAGGAAGUUCACGAGAAACAGGGACACAAGUUUGUUACUCAGCAGUUUUACAACAUCAUGCGCUGCGCUCUGUGCGGCGACUUUUUGAAGUAUGCUGCUGGCAUGCAGUGUGCUGACUGCAAAUAUACUUGUCACAAGAAGUGCUAUCCCAAGGUUGUCACCAAGUGUAUCAGCAAAGCGAACUACGAAACGGACCCCGACGAGGAAAAGAUCAACCACCGCAUCCCACAUCGCUUCGAGGGCUUCUCCAACAUCUCAGCCAAUUGGUGCUGUCACUGCGGAUAUUUACUUCCCUUUGGACGUAAAAAUGCGAAGCGCUGUACCGAAUGUGACCUCACAUGUCACGCGCAAUGUACGCACUUGGUUCCUGACUUCUGUGGCAUGUCUAUGGAAGCAGCCAACCAAAUCUUGGAAACUCUUAUCCGGACAAAGAAUCACAAUAAAUCCGCUUCUGUUAGCUCCGGCCUGAGUGGACGCACACUUCGGCCGAGCGGUCCUCCCCAGGCACCUCAAGAUCAUGCUGCUCUCGGCUACCCACAAAAGCCGGCUGAAGGUCCCUACGGUGCACCCCAAAGACAACCUUCUGCGGAAGCCAUCAGCGCGGCGACGAACUCCUAUAUUCCUCCGCAGUCUCCCACAGCAGCACAGCGUCAACAGUUGCCUCCGCGAACUUCCUCGUCCCAGAGCACUGCUGCCGCUGCCGCCGCCGCCGCAACAGGGCUGCGGACACCACCGCAAGCUCCAGAUGCGAGUCGUCCAGUACAGCCACCACCUCCAUCCCACGCUCACUAUGACCCUGCUGCGUACGCAUCUUACCAGCAAGCCAUGCCCCCUCAGGCAAUGCAGAAGAUGGGUGCGACCACGCCCUAUGGCAUGCCUCCGCAACAGCAGCCGCAACAACAGCAACAUCCGCAUCAGCAGCCGGCUCCGCCGAUGCAACAGCAAGUUGCUGUGAAGGAGGAAGUCCCCCAACAGCCCAAGGCCAGAAUCGGAUUGGAUCAUUUCAACUUUCUGUCUGUCCUCGGUAAGGGUAACUUCGGAAAGGUCAUGCUGGCCGAAACAAAGAACACCAAGAAGCUGUAUGCUAUCAAGGUGUUGAAGAAAGAGUUUAUCAUUGAGAACGAUGAAGUGGAGAGCACUAAAUCCGAGAAGCGUGUCUUCUUGAUUGCCAACAAGGAGCGUCACCCAUUCCUGCUCAACCUUCACGCAUGUUUCCAAACAGAAACUCGUGUCUACUUCGUGAUGGAAUACAUCAGUGGUGGUGAUCUGAUGCUUCAUAUCCAACGUGGCCAGUUCGGUCUGAAGAGAGCACAAUUCUAUGCUGCUGAAGUCUUGUUGGCUCUUAAGUACUUCCAUGAGAAUGGUGUCAUUUACCGUGAUUUGAAGUUGGACAAUAUCCUCCUGACCCUUGAUGGUCACAUCAAGAUCGGUGAUUACGGUCUGUGCAAAGAGAAUAUGUGGUAUGGCUGCACCACUAGCACAUUCUGCGGAACUCCAGAGUUCAUGGCCCCUGAGAUUCUGCUGGACAAGAAAUAUGGUCGAGCUGUCGACUGGUGGGCGUUCGGUGUCCUCAUCUAUCAAAUGCUUCUGCAGCAGUCUCCAUUCCGCGGCGAAGACGAAGACGAAAUCUACGACGCCAUCCUUGCAGAUGAGCCUCUAUAUCCCAUCCACAUGCCUCGAGAUUCCGUCUCCAUCCUCCAGAAGUUGCUUACCCGUGAGCCUGAGCUGAGACUGGGAUCCGGCCCCACAGAUGCCCAGGAGAUCAUGUCCCAUGCCUUCUUCAGGAACGUCAACUGGGACGAUAUUUACCACAAGCGUGUUCCUCCGCCCUUCAUGCCAACAAUUACCAGCCCCACGGACACGAGCAAUUUCGACCAAGAGUUCACCAGUGUAACUCCAGUCCUUACGCCCGUACAAUCAGUCCUUUCUCAGGCCAUGCAGGAAGAGUUCCGCGGCUUCUCCUACACCGCGGACUUUGCUUAA